UAAGAAAGCUCCGGCAUUAUCGUUUUCUUCCGUCGCAUCGUAUCACGAUAUCAGAUUCACUUAUCUCGCUUCGGGUUUUACGUGUUCGGGAGGAUGUCCUUAGACGAAGAAACCCUGGAGACAGUCGCCAAUGGCGGCUUAAUGGACGUUGAGAAAUGGCCGGGCAUGGUCGAGCCGUUGAUCGAACGAUUGGAAUAUAUCGUCUACAAUGUCUUCCCCAUGCCCCAAGUGCCUCCCGAACCAACCCCUAUCACCCAACAACAGUCACCUUCUAACCUCACUACCUCCUUCCUGCAAGAGCCCAAUUCAAUACCAUCAAGCAGCAACAAAGAGAAUGCCAACCCAGCAGGCGCCCAGGCAUCCGCACAGUCCACAGAACCCUCAAUACCACCCCCAUCAUCCAGCGAGCCCAUCCCCAACUCCCAGCCACAGUCAUCUGCAAUCCCAACUCUGCCCACCCCCGUUCAGCUCCUGCUAGACUCCUCCAGAUCAUCACUGAGAUCUCUUUUCAACACCAAGCCACCGCACACUAUCCAAAGGCUCGCAGAGCUUAUCAUCCGCCCUAACAGACACUACAAGACACUCCCCGCUUACCUACGAGCAGUCGACCGCGUCGUGUCGGUCACUAGCACUGCGGAUGUCUUCCCGCUUCAGAUGCACGCCGGAACCGAUAAGACGAAUGGUAUCUUAAAUGGUGUGGAGAGCGGACCGAUGUUCUCGGACCAUGCGCUGGGCAGCGAUGAGUCGCUGGGUGGUGCCCUUCUCACCCCCAUUCCUUGGUUGAGCAGUGUCACUUCCCCAGAGGCGGAGGGUGAGACUGGAGCUUUGCUUUCGGGAGACCACGGCACGAUGUCCGAAACACCAGCACAGCAGCAGUCUCUUCAAGAAACAACGACCGCCGAGGACGCUGCCCUCCCGACGUCAUCGGCAGUAGAAAACGGAGCGAUGGAAGAUACUAGCCCCCAACAGACCGACACCUCGGAAGAGGUCCCCCACGCUCGUGGUCCCCGGACAUUAGGGAUAGAGGACAUGGGCUUACAAGAUGGCAAGGGCGUCGAGAUGACGCUCGAGAGCGAGGGGGGCAUCAACGAUCCCACCGAGCAAAACGGCCAGCCUCAAAACGACGGUGGCCAAGAUCCAAGCAAAGAAAAUGCAGACGGAGACGGGGAUAUCACCUUAGACGACGCCAAGAAUGCAAGUGACGAGGCGAAGGGCGAAGAGCAAUCCCAAUCCUAAAUCUAGUUGGGACUGGAAUAGCAUUAGUACGAGCCAGAUGAAGAGAUUCUGCAUAAGCAAGCGAUUCGUUGUUCGUUGACUGCGCUAGCGUUGUUUCAUGAUUGACGAUCUGAAAUAUGAUUCGAGCGUGAUGCAAGUCUUUUGUCUCCUUUAGCCAUGUUUACGAUAUGAUGUGCGCGAUAUGCGCUGGUAUAUUAAGAUUGACGAUAUUGUGUAGUUGGUAGAUAGAUAUUUUGAGAACUGCCUAAAGCAUGAUCCGUAAUUAUUGGUAUAGGUUCCCUACAUACCUACUAGGAGCAAG